GGGAUUUCUCCAAAACGCCUGGCCACAACAAAUCUCACCCUUAUCUUCAACCCCCGACUACAACAAUCCCCCAACACGACCACCGCCAUGCCGGCCGGCGAGCUCCGCCCGACGGCGGUGCCGUUGCAUCCCACUAGCCCUGCCUCCCCCACCGCCGCAGCGUCCGGCGACGAGGCCUGGGUAUGGGCUCAGAUCAAAGCCGAGGCCCGGCGAGACGCCGAAGCCGAGCCAGCUCUCGCCAGCUACCUCUACUCCACUAUUCUCUCCCACUCUUCCCUCGAGCGAUCCCUCGCCUUCCAUUUGGGCAACAAGCUCUGCUCUUCCACCCUCCUCUCCACUCUCCUCUACGACCUCUUCCUCAACACCUUCUCCUCCGACCCUUCCCUCUGCGCCGCCGCCGUCGCCGACCUCCGCGCCGCCCGCGUCCGCGACCCCGCCUGCGUCUCCUUCUCCCACUGCCUCCUCAAUUACAAGGGUUUCCUCGCUUGUCAGCAGGCGCAUCGAUUGGCUCACAAGUUGUGGAUGCAAUCCCGGCGGCCGCUGGCUCUAGCGCUGCAGUCCCGGGUCUCCGACGUUUUCGCCGUCGACAUUCACCCGGCGGCGAGGAUCGGGAAGGGGGUUCUGUUCGACCACGCCACGGGGGUGGUCGUGGGCGAGACGGCGGUGAUUGGGAACAACGUGUCGAUCCUGCACCACGUCACGCUCGGUGGAACGGGGAAAGCUUGCGGCGACCGGCACCCGAAGAUCGGCGAUGGCGUGCUGAUAGGCGCCGGGGCGACGAUCCUGGGGAAUGUCAACAUUGGAGAAGGAGCGAAAGUUGGGGCAGGUUCUGUGGUUCUGAUCGACGUCCCGCCGCGGACCACGGCGGUGGGGAACCCUGCCAGGCUCGUCGGAGGGAAGGAGACCCCGUCCAAGCACGAGGAGUGCCCAGGAGAAUCCAUGGAUCAUACGUCAUUCAUUUCGGGCUGGUCGGAUUACAUUAUCUAGGACUUCCCCGCCGGAGUUCCCUUCCUUCUGAGUGAGACUGCAAAGUUUUUGUGAUGCAGGAGUUAUAUAUGGGAAUGGAGAAGAAGGAGAAAGAAGAAACAACGAUAGAGAAUAACUCACAUUGUAGACUUGUUUGAGCUUCUCUUUGUCGGAGACUCGGAACUGUGUGCUAUUGAGCUUCUUGUUGAUUUCCCUGUUGGAAAUGAAAGCAGAAGCUCAUGAUAGAAGCGGGGAAAGGGAUAGAGAGGAUGAAGGAGGGGGAAUCAGGAUGAUGGAGAUUACUCUACAGUUUUGCAGACAGCAGCGUAGAAGUCAGCCGAGCUCAGUUCCUGGGUACUUUCUUUGAAAUACUUGUCGUAACAUUCUUCAAUGGCAGUAGCUAUAUCUCUGUCCUUGUUAUGGUCACUUCCUGCAAUCCCAGGUAGGUUUGGGUUUAGUUACAGGAUGAGUACAGAAAGUAGACUAGAGGCGAUAAUUAGAUAUUGUGCAGGUGAAGAAUAGUAAGUUUUGAAACCCAGGUUAGAUUUUUUUCAUUCCUGGAUAUGUUGUAACUUAAAUUGCGUUGAUUGAUGAUCGAUCCCCUUGCAUCAUAAGCAAGGCACUGGCUGUGGCUAGUUAUCUAUAUGUUGUUCCAGGUGUUGGAACCAUAAGCCCAGAAGUAUGGAACAGUUCCUAGAAACAGAAUUGAGACAACAUGGUUUUUGCAGAAUAAGAAAAAGAAACAAAGAAUUUCAAAUGGUGAACCGAGCAGUGGUAAUUCUGACAAUGGCGGCUGGUUAUUGAGAAAAGGGCUGCCUGCCUUGUACGUGCGCUCUAAUUAAGGAAUAAGAGAGACUGGAGAAGUAUUAUUGGCUGUGGCAGAGUAUCUGUCUUGUGUUGCCUUGCUUAGGAAGCAAAGCUGCAAAC